CAAGGGCUGCAGGUGGACUAACACAGGCGGCCCUCCAGCUCCUCAUGCCUUCACCCUCACCGCCAGGAUGUUGUGAUAAGAGGAGAAAAGCUGCUCUGGCUCCCAGGCAAGAGGUGAAGAGUUCCUGACUCCCUCGGACACUUAGGACCAGAACCUUCCCCGUGCAGGUUAAUGGUCUAAUGACGCUUGGAUUCGCAGGUGCACGUCAACAGAGUGAGCUCUGCAAUGAAUCUCUCAUGUUAGAAAAGUUGCCUGCCUGUGGAAAAUCCUUUGAAGAGAUGAUGAAGAGAGUGGACUCAAAAAAGUGGUGCAACCUUACAGAAUUUAUUAUGUAUUAUGACAACUUUACCCAGUGCACAGAACGUGAAGCCAACAAUGCAAGUUGCUUUUGGCCAAACCCCCUUGCAGAAGGCUUUAUCACUGGAAUUCAUAAACAAUUCUUUUCAAACUGUACUUCAGAAAAGGUUCACUGGGAAGAUCCACCGGAUGAAAUUCUCAUAACACUGAUCUUGAUCCCGGUCUUCUUGACAUGUGCCAUGAUAACACUGGUAGUAUGGUGCAGCAAAAGAAGUGAUAUCUUAGUGUAAGUUCUUCCUCUGGGCUUUCUUUUCCUUCAUUUCUUUCUUCCCUAAACACUAAGAAAGGAGGAUGAAGAGAGGAACAUGGCAUAAAGAUUUCAGAUCUGCUGAAACAGAACCAGUGAGAUACUGAGAUGCUCCUGUGAAUGAAGAGCUGCCUGCUGCUGCUGCGACACUGCUUCUGUCUUGACCAUGAGUAUUUGCUGGUGGAAAGCUCUACUUCCAUCAAGCCUCAUCAGCAUGGAAUUCACAGGCAGCCCCCAGAAACAGAAGGG